ACUCGUGAAGACCUCCAAAGGAUGGAGAAGAAAGCCUCUGAGACUUUUAAAGAAUAUGCUCAACGUUGGCGCAUUAAGGCUGCUCAAGUGCAACCUCCAAUGACUGAAUCUGAGCUCAGCAAUCUAUUUGUCAAGUCAAUGAGAGGACCGUAUCUGGAUAAAAUGCUUACUCAUUCCUCUGAUGAUUUUGCAAAGCUGGUUCACAUUGGAGAAAAUAUUGAAGACGCCAUAAAGUCAGGGAAGAUCCCAGAUGCUAACUUAUGGCAAGCUCUGAUGGAAAAUAACCAAGGGAAUGGUCGUAAGUUCAACCAAUUCAACCAGUUCAAGAAAGACAAAAAGGAGGGCGAGGUCCAAGCAAUCAUGCAUACACCUAGCCAACCAUAUACCUCAAAUCCUUAUCCACACACUCCUAAAGGAUACUCCCGUACUUCUUAUUCAGUUCGACCAUCAACUUACCAACCUUAUCCACCUGCACCUUAUCAGCAGUACUCUCCACAACCUCAUCUAUACCAAGCUUAUCCACCAAGUCCCAUAUAUGCCACCUACCCAGCUAAUCCUCCCAAGCCAUAUCCAAAUAGGCCAAAUACUUUCGAUAAGAGAUUUCGAAAGAUUGAUCCUAUUCCUCUCUCUUACUUGGAUGUAUACAACCAAUUGACAGCUGUAGGGAUUGUGACACCAAUACCUCCUCCUAAAGUCCAAGAUCCCCUCCCAAAAGGAUUUAACCCAGAAGUUCAAUGCAUCUAUCACAGUGGUGGAGUUGGCCAUGAUAUUGAAAAUUGUUGGAGUUUUAAACACCUUAUUCAAAAUUUGCUAGAAGAGAAGAAGAUUGCAUUUGACACCGCCAUUAAUAAGGCCAGUCCUAGCAUUACCAACAACCCACUCCCAGAGCAUGCCAACCCUGGUGGAAGCUGAAACAACAUUUGUUAUAGUUACUUUGAGGGGUUCAUAUGGCAAGAAUUGAGUUCAAACCUCAAGGAUUCUUGAAGUAAGGACCUAUGUCAGUUGUCUCUGCUUUUCAGUUAUUAGUAGUAUAAGUAACUUGAAUCCACCAUUGAUUCUGCCCAAGAUCAUGGUUAAAGUAAAAUAAUGGGCACAUC